CGCUUGUGAUUGGCUAAUUAUAGUGUGGAGUGAAGAUGCAUCAUGGGUUGUUCCCUGACAUAAAUGGCUUUAAUGAUGGCUUCAAUAAUGGCUCCAAAUCAUGCAGCACUACUGGGUAGCUGAUGUGAGAUCCGGCUACUGACUUGCCUGAUAGGAUGGUCUUCUUUGUCAAGCCCGAAACUAGUAUGUAUGCUGGAUACGACCUCGCGUGAGUGGACGAGUAUGCUGAGUCUGUUGUAUUCGAUGAUUUCAUCGAGCUAUUUCAGCCUCAUCAGCGGCACAGCUACCAUACGGAGUCAAAAGCUUCCGAUUACACUCUAACACUUGGUCCGAUUUAAGUAUAUAAGACGUAGUCGGCCAGCCAUUUUGCAAAUCAGUCUCGCAAGCAAAUCCUCAGCUAUUUCCUGCAAACUGUCAGCUUUACUUGAGAUACCUCUACAUCUGAUCCCCUUCUUUGAAAUCAACAUGCGCGUGUUCGUCACAGGUGCCACUGGCUUCAUCGGCUCAGCUGUCGUUGACGAACUUCUCUCAGCAGGACACACAGUUCUCGGUCUCGUACGGAGUGACGAUGGAGCUAAUCAAGUGGAAUCACAAGGUGCAGAGAGCCUCCGUGGUACUAUCGAGGACCUCGAUCUCUUAGCAGACGCAGCCUCCAAGUGUGACGCGGUCAUCCACCUCGCAUUCAUCUUGGAUUUCGCCGAUAUUGAAGGAUGCUGCGCCAAGGACCGUGCUGCAAUCACUGCCAUGGGAGAUGCAUUGGUGUCUGCAGGAGGUGAUAAGGCCCUUGUUAGCACUACUGCCACAAUGAUGCUACAGCAUGGCAAGGUCGGUCGGGAGGAAGAUGGUCCUGACAUGACCAAUUCAAUGCUCUCAGUCCGAGGUGCUUCAGAACCAGUGUGUUUGGCAUACGCGAACAAGGGCAUACGCGCCAGUGCCGUGCGGAUCCCUCCUACCGCCCACGGUGAAGGACAGUCAGGACUCAUGGGAUAUCUCGUAGAUGCAGCGCUUCAAAAGGGAAUUUCGGCGUACGCAAGCGAAUACAACAAUAGGUGGAGUGCCUGUCAUCGCAAUGACGUUGCGAAACUGUACCGUAUGGCAAUUGAGAGAGCGGAGCCUGGAUCGACUUUCCAUGCUGUGGCCGAGGAGGGAGUCGCGAUCAAAGACAUCGCGGCCGAGAUCAGCAAGCACCUUGACGUUCCUCUAAAAGGCUUGACUCAAGAUGAAUUACAGGAGCAUUUUGGAUGGAUCGCGUUCGGAGUGAGUGCAGAUAAUCCCAUAUCAAGUGCGAGCACACAGGAACGACUUGGUUGGACCCCAACGGGUCCUACUGCACUAGAGGAUGUGCCGACUGUCAUCAAGUUCAAGCAGUCUACGAUUUCGGUCUGAGUUUAGUGUUGCCUGAAGGACGAGCGACAAGUCGAGCAUUUAUG